AUGGACGGUCCUGAUCAGAUUGGGCCCAGUGUGGCCCCGAAGCGGACAAUUUCAGACAAAUUCAGGCGCAUUGUCAAGGCCUUUACCACCAAAGAGGGUCUGGUGGGCGACUAUGACUACGGCUUUCUAUUCACACCCAAUCUCCCGUUCAUGAAGAACGCGCGCAAAUCGGCUCCCUUCUUUGGACUCAAUGAUCGGAUACCGGUACUGCUGGCUUUGCUUCUUGGCCUCCAACAUGCACUGGCUAUGCUGGCGGGUGUAAUUACUCCUCCCAUCCUUCUCAGCGGUUCGUCCGGGGCGAAUUUCGACAAUGAACUUUCGCAAUAUCUCGUCUCAACGUCUCUUAUCGUGUCAGGCAUCCUCUCCGCCAUCCAAAUCACACGGAUGCGCAUCUACAAGACCCCAUACUACAUCGGAACCGGUCUGAUCUCCGUCGUCGGGACUUCGUUCACCACAAUUACUAUUGCAACAGGCGCCUUCGACCAGAUGUACUCGAGCGGGUACUGCCCCGUCGAUGCUCAUGGCAAACGACUGCCAUGCCCAAACGGAUACGGCGCCAUUCUAGGGACAUCCUGUCUGUGCGCUUUGCUUGAAAUCGGUCUGUCAUUCACCAGUAUCAAGGUGUUGAAACGCGUCUUCCCGCCCUUGGUGACCGGUCCGACCGUUCUACUCAUUGGCGUCAGCCUCAUUCAAACCGGGCUGGAAGACUGGGCAGGCGGUUCAGGAUCCUGUGGAACGGACCCGUCUGCGCGCGCUCUCUGUCCAGACCCUUCCGCGCCGCAUGCCUUACCCUGGGGGAGUGCCGAAUUUAUUGGGCUAGGCUUUCUCGUCUUCCUCACCAUCAUUCUCUGCGAGCGAUUCGGUUCGCCUAUCAUGAAGUCCUGUUCGGUAGUUGUGGGUCUUCUUGUCGGAUGCAUCGUGGCCUCUGCGACGGGUUAUUUUGGGAGAUCCGGAAUCGAUGCGGCGCCGGUGGCGUCCUUUGUCUGGGUCCAUACGUUCCCCUUGAAAAUUUAUGCGCCGCUCAUCCUCCCCUUCCUGGCCCUCUACAUCGUGCUGAUGAUGGAGAGCAUCGGCGACAUCACCGCGACUUGCGAUGUCUCGCGUCUCGAUGUCCAGGGCGACAUGUUCGACUCGCGGAUCCGCGGUGGAGUGCUGGCAGAUGGGUUGAACGGCCUGCUGGCCGGGCUCUGCACCAUCACGCCCAUGUCGACAUUUGCGCAGAACAACGGCGUGGUGGCGCUGACCAGGUGUGCGAACCGCAAGGCGGGCUACUGCUGCUGCUUUUUCCUGGUCGUCAUGGGCAUCUUUUCCAAAUUCGCGGCCGCGUUGGUCGCCAUUCCGUCGUCGGUGCUGGGCGGCAUGACCACCUUUCUGUUCUCCUCGGUGGCCGUAUCGGGCCUGCGCAUCAUCUCGACCGUGCCCUUCACGCGCCGCAAUCGCUUUAUCCUAACGGCCUCUUUCGCCGUGGGAAUGGGGGCAACGCUCGUCCCGGAUUGGUUUUCCUACGUGUUCACCUACAGCGGCGACAAUAAGGGGCUGAUCGGCCUCAUCGAUGCCAUCGAACUGGUCAUGUCGACCGGGUUUGUGGUGGCGGGCUUCCUGGCGCUCAUCCUGAACCUGGUCCUGAAAGAGGACCCAGAAGACGAGGCGGACCUCAUCACGGCCGACCUGGCCCAGGAGGCUGAUGACCGGCGGGAUUAUUACUGGGAAGAUUGGGCCUGGCUGAGCCAGUGCGUUGGUUGGUAUAUUUGGAAGUCGCGUGGUGGUAGACAGGGCUUGGACGCGUUGGACGCCUCAAGAGAGCGGCAGGCACUAAAGUCCCGCCUCGGGAACAUUCCACUCUGUGUUCCUGCAGAGCUCCGUUUCUUUUCAUGGGAAUCGACAAGGCUGACGACUUAG